CUUAAAUUUAUAAUGCUUAGUGAUUUAUCUUUAUUUUUUUAUCUUAUAUGUUUAACUUCCAUUUUUUUCUUUUUCCUUUAUAGGAAUUCUAAAACCCAAAUCUUCUAACAGAAACAGAAACAUGACUCGGUACAUUACAUUUCUUCGGAUGGUUUUGGUCCUGCUCCUUCAGAAUUCUGUAUUAACUGAAGAUGGGGAGAUAAGAUCAAGUUGUCGUACUGCUCCAACAGAUUUAGUUUUCAUCUUAGAUGGCUCGUAUAGUGUUGGUCCAGAAAACUUUGAAAUAGUGAAAAAGUGGCUUGUUAAUAUCACAAAGAGCUUUGACAUUGGACCAAAGUUUAUUCAGGUUGGAGUGGUCCAGUAUAGUGACUACCCUGUACUUGAGAUUCCCCUUGGAAGCCAUGAUUCGGGAGAGAAUUUGAUAGCAGCAGUGGAAUCCAUACAUUACUUGGGAGGAAACACAAGGACUGGAAAAGCCAUUCAAUUUGCACUUGAUUAUGUUUUUGCCAAGUCCUCAAGAUUUCUGACUAAGAUAGCAGUGGUACUGACGGAUGGCAAAUCCCAAGAUGAAGUCAAGGAUGCAGCAGAAGCAGCGAGAGACAGUCAGAUAACCUUAUUUGCCAUUGGUGUUGGUUUAGAAAUGGAAGAUGCAGAACUCAGAGCUAUAGCCAACAAGCCCUCAUCUACUUAUGUGUUUUAUGUGGAAGACUAUUUUGCAAUAUCCAAAAUAAGGGAGGUGAUGAAGCAGAAGCUUUGUGAAGAAUCUGUGUGUCCAACACGAAUCCCAGUGGCAGCUCGUGAUGAGAAGGGAUUUGAUAUACUUUUAGGCUUGGGUGUAAAGAAAAAGGUUAAGAAAAGAAUCCAACUCUCUCCAACAAAGAUAAAAGGCUAUGAAGUAACAUCAAAAGUUGAUUUAUCAGAACUCACAAGCAAUGUUUUCCCAGAAGGUCUCCCUCCAUCAUAUGUAUUUGUCUCCACUCAGAGAUUUAAGGUCAAGAAAAUAUGGGAUUUAUGGAGAAUUUUAACCAUUGAUGGAAGACCACAAAUAGCAGUAACUUUAAAUGGUGUGGAUAAAACCAUAUUAUUUACAACGACCAGCAUAAUUAAUGGCUCACAAGUGGUCACCUUUGAUGACCCUAGAGUUAAGACAUUGUUUGAUGAAGGCUGGCAUCAAAUCCGUCUCUUAGUAACGGAACAAGAUGUAACUCUAUAUAUCGAUGAUCAACAAAUUGAAGACAAGCCCUUACAUCCAGUUUUAGGGAUCUUCAUCAGAGGACAAACCCAAAUUGGAAAAUACUCUGGGAAAGAAGAAACUGUUCAGUUUGAUGUCCAAAAGCUGAGAAUCUACUGUGACCCAGAACAGAACAACCGGGAGACAGCCUGCGAGAUUCCUGGAUUUAAUGGAGAGUGCCUAAAUGGUCCCAGUGAUGUAGGUUCAACUCUAGCUCCAUGUAUAUGUCCACCGGGAAACCCAGGACUACAAGGCCCCAAAGGUGACCCUGGACUGCCUGGGAACCCUGGCUACCCUGGACAACCUGGUCAAGAUGGUAAGCCUGGAUAUCAGGGAAUCAUGGGAUCACCAGGUGUUCCAGGAUCCCCAGGAAUGCAAGGAGUUCAAGGACUACCAGGUUACAAAGGAGAACCAGGAAGAGAUGGUGAAAAGGGUGACCGUGGACUUCCUGGUUUUUCUGGACUUCAUGGAGUUCCAGGAUCGAAGGGUGAAAUGGGCCCCAAAGGAGAUAAAGGAUCACCUGGAUUUUAUGGCAAAAAGGGUGCAAAAGGUGAAAAAGGGAAUGAUGGUUUUCCUGGCCUUCCUGGACGCUCUGGAGAACCAGGAAGACAUGGAAAGGAUGGAUUAAUGGGUAGUCCUGGUUUCAAGGGAGAAGCAGGACCACCAGGUGCUCCAGGGCAGGAUGGACUGCGGGGAGAACCUGGAAUUCCAGGGUUUCCUGGAAACCAAGGAUUAAUGGGACAAAAGGGAGAAAUUGGGCCUCCAGGACCACAAGGAAAAAAAGGAGUUCCGGGAAUGCAUGGUUUGAUGGGAAGUGAUGGCUCACCAGGUCAGCCUGGAACACCAGGAUCUAAGGGAAGUAAAGGUGAGCCUGGACCUCAAGGGAUGGCUGGGCCUUCUGGGCUCAAGGGAGAAGCAGGAGCAAUGGGUCCCCCGGGAGAGCCAGGAUACAUGGGUUUACCUGGGAUACAAGGAAAAAAGGGAGACAAAGGAGAUCACGGUGAAAAAGGCAUUCAGGGUCAAAAGGGAGAAAAUGGAAAGCAAGGAAUUCCAGGACAACAGGGAAUUCAAGGCCAUCAUGGUGCAAAAGGAGAGAGAGGUGAAAAGGGAGAACCUGGUUUCAGAGGUACCAUUGGACCAAAAGGAGAAUCUGGGAUGGAUGGCUUGAUGGGGCCUGUGGGUCCCAAGGGGCAACCAGGCGAAACAGGUCCUCGGGGACCCCCAGGAUUAGAUGGGAAGCCUGGGAAAGAAUUUUCAGAACAGUUUAUUCGACAAGUUUGCGCUGAUGUAUUAAGAGCCCAGCUACCGGUCUUACUUCGGAGUGAGAGAAUUCAAAAUUGUGAUCAUUGUCAGCCGCAACAUGGUUCUCCGGGUAUUCCUGGGCCACCUGGUCCCAUAGGACCAGAAGGUCCCCGAGGAUUUCCUGGUUUGCCAGGAAGAGAUGGUGUUCCUGGUUUAAUGGGUGCCCCUGGACGCCCAGGAGCAAGAGGUUUAAAAGGUCUACCAGGAAGAAACGGGGCAAAGGGGAACCAAGGGUUUGGGUAUCCUGGAGAACAAGGCCCUCCUGGUCCCCCAGGUCCAGAAGGCCCUCCUGGAAUAAGCAAAGAAGGUCCUCCGGGAGACAGAGGUAUCCCUGGCAAAGAUGGAGAGCAUGGAAAACCUGGAAUCCAAGGGCAACCAGGACCUCCUGGCAUCUGUGACCCAUCGCUAUGUUUUAGUGUAGUUGUUGGAAGAGAUCCCUUUAGGAAAGGACCAAAUUAUUAGUGCCUGAUGCCUCAUAGAGCAACCUUGAGAUGGUGCUUUUCUUUUGUGGUCUUUGUGUCUCAGGAAGAUAACCAGCAAUAAUCCCUUGAAAAGAAACUAAAGUACCUCGGUGUCUUGUUUUUCCUUAAGGAAAAAUAUGUUAAAGGUCAUAUAUACUGAUUUUAAAAGGCUCCUCAAAAAUUUGGAGUCUUUAGAUUAGUAGCAUUAACUAAAUCUCAAGGGUUUCUUGUAAGUCCAUUGGUUUUAAUCAGUUGAAUAAAAUGAAAAACAAUGCCUUUCAGCCAGUCAUUUUUAGUCACUGUGAAAUGUUUCACAUCUAGCCUCCAUGUAGUAGAGUAUUUGAGUUCAAUUUUAUGCCUGUGUGAAUUUCAUGUUUCGUAUCUCAUAACUCAUGCUUCUACAUUAGCCAACACAUGUAUUUGUCAUUGGAAAUAAAAUCAGGGCUGAUAUUCAGCUGGGAUGGACAGUCGCCAUGCUGGUGACUUAUCCCAGUGUCUGUGCUUAUUGGUUAGGGUCUGUGGGCUACGUGUUGUUAAAUGUUUUGAAUAUCACCUCUGACUAAGAUUAAUGUGCUUCUUAUUUUAUUUGCUGAUUCUAAAAUUAGACUAAUGAUUAUGCUAAGAAAGAGUAUUAAUUACAUUGGGAAUGGUCAAAAGUAUAUCACACUAUUUAAAAUAUUUUAGAAGAAAGUGUUUCAUUUGUUCCUGAUCAGUACACUCAAAGAAAAUGCAAGUUCAAAAAUAAUUUAGUGCUUCAUACUUGCUGAUUAAUUGGAAUAUUUGUUGUAUGCCUUCACUUUCCAUUUCACUUAUUAUAUGUGUAUGUUCAUAUAUGUUAGUUUUCAUUGCAGCAAAGCUCAUGGGAAUAAGUGCUCUAGAUGCAAGGAAAGACAACCCAUGAAUCCUAGUAUGUCUUGAUAUUUUUAAGCAGACUUUUAAAAUAUUAUGAACAGUCUUUGUGUACUGUACUUAGUGCUUUCAUAAGUAACAUAAUUUGAGAUUUCAUCUUCUGCCAUGCUCUAAAUUUUGUUACAUGCUUGUUAUUCAAACUACAAUAAAAUUUUGUACAG